CUGACUUUUCAAAUGUCAACCCACACACCCAACCCCCUCCCUAUAUAUACAUCCCCACACCAGGAAUCCUCAAAUCUUGUCGAAGCACCAUUCAGUCAGAGCAUCCCUCCCCUUCCGCAAUUUCGCACCUCAAAGCUUGUUCUAGACGCUUCUAGAAUCUAGGCCGCGGCAUGGGCAACGGCCUCUCCCCUUGCUUGCGCGCCCUGGCCGUGCACGGCAAGGGAGCGGAGGCGAGGCUGGUGUUCUGGGGCGGGCAGACGAGGCUCGCCGCAGCUUCCGGCGGGCGGUUCACCACGGCCGGCGACGUCACGGCGGAGGCCCCCGACCACCUCGUCUGCUCCGGCGACUCCUUCUUCAUCGGCCUCCCGAUCCCCGCGCUGCCGCCGGGCGAGGAGCUGCGGGCGGGGCGGACCUACUUCGUGCUCCCCGCGGCCCGGUUCUCCAGCUGCCAGGCGCUCACCGCGGCCUCGCUCGCGUCGCUGUCGCCGGCCCCGACCAAGGUGUCGCUCGCCGGCGAGUCGUCCCCGUUCGAGUACGUCACGGGCGCCGACGGCAUGGCGCUCAUCAGGGUCCUCCCGGAGUUCAUCGAAAAGGUGAUCACGUCCGACGGUGGCGGCGACAAGAAGUGCGGCGCGGCGGCGCCGGAACAGCUGUGCAGCACGCCGGAGCUGAGGAAGCACUACAUGCAGCUGGUGGGGGCGAGGCAGCAGCGGCCGUGGUCGCCGGGGCUCGAGACGAUAUCGGAGGCCAGGAAGGGGAGAAGGAUGCCGACAUGCCGUCGUCGGUGAGGCUGGUCGGGCUGGCAAAGAAUUCAAGAUAACAGUAGCAGCCCCGCGUGCGUUAUUGCCAAAAGUGGUGGCCAUCAAGAGAGAUGGAGUUUAGUUUUUCAGUCUCGCUUAAUUGUUCAUACUAGCGGAAAAGAGGCAAGAGUGCAAGAUAGUUCAGAAGGAGAUGGGUAGAAAAAAUCUGAUUUAGUUUUAGUUCAUUCAGUUUUAUGUUACACCAAAAAAUUGGAUGCAAAUGAAUGAAUGAGUUUGACAUUGAUAA